AUGGCCGGCCAGGUCUUGUUCGGCACGGGUUGCACCAAGAAAACCGGCUCCGUUGAGAGGAUAGACAGGAUUGACGAGGGUUGGACGAGUCGAGUCAACUCCGAAGCAGCUUCCCGGGGCUCGGUACGGACGCGGUAUCGUACCAUACCGACCAUACGAACAAUACCGAAGUCCAGCGGUCGCAAAAGCGCUGCUUUCAGAGACCAAACACCCAAUUGGGCAAUCAAUGACUACAUCGAUGAGCAGGGGAUCUUCGUGGCUCGCGUGGGGCGGGAGCUGGAGCUGAGACAGUUCCGAGGAAAAAGUGAGUAG